AUGGGGGCUGCUGCUGGGCUGCUGCAGCAAGCGCAGCAGCAACUGCGUCGUGGAGCAUCGAAUGGCAGCACAGCUCUAGCUGUUGCUGCUGCUGCUGCUGCUGCAUUUGAACAGCACAAUGCAGCAGCAGCAGCAGCAGCAGCAGCAGCAACAGCAGCAGAAGCAGCAGAAGCAGAAGGUGACAGCUUCGUCAUCUCAUGGGGCUCGGCCCAUCCUUCAGAGGAUGCAGAAGCGCUGCAGCUUCAGCAGCAGCAGCAGCAGCGCGAGCAGCAGCAGCAGCAACAGCAGCAGCAGCUGCUGCGGCAAGCACAACCGCGUGGAGUGGCGCAGCAGCUGCAGCAGAUUCAGCAGCACAGGGCGGUGAUGCUGCAGCAGGCAUUAGGGAUUCAAGGGCAGGAGAAGCAGCAGCAGAAUGACCAGCAGCAGCAACUGCAGCAACUGCAGCAGCAGCAGCAGCAGCAGCAGCAGCAAGAGCCUUUUAAGCAGCAUGCAGUUGGGGGCUCGUUUAGCAAGAGCAGCACAAGCAGCAACAUGCCAGGGGACAGCUGCAGCAGCAGCAGCUUCACCAGCAGAAACAGCCUCAGCAGCAGCAGCAGCUUCAGCAGCAGCAGCAGCAACAGCAACAGCGACGAUGCCGUUGGAGUCAUAAGUCCGCUCGCAGCUGCUGCAGGCAGCUCGUGGCAGCAGCAGGAGCAGCAGCAGCAGCAGCAGCAGCAGGCUUUGCAGCAGCAGGAGGAGCAAGAGCAGCAACGGCAGCAGCAGAAUAAGCUGCAGCAGCAGCAACUGCAGCAGCAAGGGAAAACACAGCAGCUAGAGGCCGAAGCAAACUAUCUGUCUGCUGCAGUGACACCCGGAACAACUGAGGGGCAGACGAAGCAGCAGCAGCUGCAGCAGCUGCAGCAGCUGCAGCAGCAGCAGAUGCUACAGCAGCAGCCGCAGCAGUGGCGGCAGCUUUUGAUGGGUGAGAAGCCGCAGCAGCAAAUCCAGCAGCAGCAGCAGCAGCAGCAGCAGCAGCAGGAUAUGCAUCUUCAACAACCCCAGCUAGGUGGCGAGCAGCUCAGAUUGCUCCAGCAGCAGCAGCAGCAGCAGCGGCAGCAGCAACAGCAGCAGCAACAGGGCUUCAGCGUUGCGCAGCUCCAGCAACACACAACCCAACAGCAGCCACCGCAGCAGACAUCCGGCCAGCAGCAGCAGCACGGGGAACAGCAGCAGCAGCAGCAGCAGGAGCGGCAGCAGGAAGCCUGCGAUGAGCGCCAGCUGCAGCAGGCGCUGUUGCAGGACGCUGCAUUUGCUGCAGAGCGGCAGCAAUCCUUUUGGCCUACCCAGCAGCAGCAGCAGCAGCAGCUGCAGCAGCAGCAGCAGCAGCUGCAGCAGCAGCAGCAGCAGCAGCAGCAGCAGCAGCAGCAGCAGCAGCAGCAGCAGCAAGAGGUGCAGCCACUGAGUCUUCUCCUGAGCAGCGUGCGUUCUUCGCCUCCUUGGAGCAGCUUCAUUGACGCAGCAAUUAAGAGGGUUUCUGCUGCCUCGUCAGCAGCACCGCAUCAGACUGGAGACGCACAAGAGGGCAACGAGCAGCAGCUGCUCUCUUUGCUGCUGCCGCAUCAGACUGGAGACGCACAAGAGGGCAACGAGCAGCAGCUGCUCUCUUUGCUGGCACCGCAUCAGACUGGAGACGCACAAGAGGGCAACGAGCAGCAGCUGCUCUCUUUGCUGCUGCAGCAGAAGGCGGUGUCUUCGGAGCAGCAAAACCCAAAGUCUUUCAUCGAAGCUCUCCGCCGCCUGUGA